CUCUCCCCAGUCUGCAGUGCAGGCAGCAGGCAGGCAGAUCACUGCAGAGCCCGGUGCUCCCGUCUUUCCUCCGAUCAUCGCUGCCGCCGUUCCCCUGCUGCUCGGCUGUGGUCGAUGCCUUUAUCCGGAGCCCGCCGCCCUCCCCUGAGCCGGAGGAUGAGAAAGCUGGGUGGCUGCUGCUCCCCCUGGACAUGGGGCAUCUGACUGCGGAAACUGACUGAUCGGGGGCAAUAAGCGGGGAGGGGGAGGGGGAUCCCCGCUCUGGACUCUCUGGAAGCCGCAUCUGUUUCUCAUCUCCCAGGAGACUGUACCCCCGACUUCAGGGCACCUGCACCCUAACAUCGGCGCAGCAUGGAGGCGGUGGACAAGGAGUGCGGGGCGUUAGGGGGGCUCUUCCAGGCCAUCAUCAAUGACAUGAAGAGUUCGUACCCGAUCUGGGAGGACUUCAACUCCAAAGCCACUAAACUCCACUCACAGCUCAGGACCACAGUGCUGGCAGCUGUCGCCUUCCUUGAUGCUUUUCAGAAAGUGGCAGACAUGGCAACCAAUACUCGAGGAGCUACUCGUGACAUUGGAUCUGCCCUCACCCGCAUGUGUAUGAGACAUCGGAGCAUCGAGAGCAAACUCCGACACUUCACCAACGCUCUUAUGGAGAGUUUAAUAACUCCUCUGCAGGAAAGGAUUGAAGAUUGGAAGAAAACAGCAAAUACACUGGACAAAGAGCACGCACGAGAAUACAAGCGUGCCCGGCAUGAAAUAAAGAAGAAAUCCUCAGAUACACUGAAGCUGCAGAAGAAAGCUAGGAAGGAAGUUCUAGGGAAGGGGGAUUUGCAGCCACAGCUGGACCAUGCGCUGCAAGAUGUAAAUGACAUGUACCUGCUGCUGGAGGAGACAGAGAAACAGGCAGUGCGUAGGGCGCUGAUUGAGGAGCGCGGGCGCUUCUGUACCUUCAUUGCACUCUUACAGCCAGUCGUGAAUGGAGAGAUCCACAUGCUGGGGGAGGUGACGCACCUGCAGGCAAUAAUCGACGACUUAAUGCUGCAGAGUGAUGAACCUCACAAACUGCCUGCAGCCAGUGAACAGGUUAUUAAGGAUUUGAAGGGAUCUGACUACUCCUGGUCCUACCAGACUCCCCCUUCCUCCCCCAGCAGCUCAGGAUCUCGCAAGUCCAGUAUGUGCAGUACAAAAACUGCCCCCUCCUGGCAAGCUGCCUCGCACCCUCACUCACCGGGUUCCGCGUGUCGCUAUCGCAGCCUCCCGCAAUCUACAGGAGGAGCCCAGCGGCUGGUGAGUGCCUCCUCCCAGGACUCUGGAUGCAGUUCCCAUGAAACAACCUAUUCCAAGCCACCAUCACCCAUGCCCUCGGACAUCACUAGCCAGAAGUCCUCAAGCUCAGCAUCUUCAGAGGCCUCCGAGACCUGCCAGUCAGUCAGCGAGUGCAGCUCCCCUACAUCAGAUUGGUCGCGGUCUGGUCCAUAUGAAACACCGCCUGCAAGUUCUCUUCAGCGCAGAAAAGACCGCGUGGAACAUCUAAGGGAAGCAGAGCUGGGCCCUGGCUAUCAGGGCAUGGAAGACCCUUAUCGGCCUCGGAUGUCUCCAGCUGUCAUCGCUGCAAAGCAUGGGGAGGAAGUGUCCCCCGCUGCCAGUGACUUGGCCAUGGUUCUGACCCGAGGUUUGAGUGUGGAGCACCAGAAGAGCAGCCGUGACUCGUUGCAGUAUUCUAGUGGCUACAGCACCCAAACUACGACACCUUCCUGCUCCGAGGACACAAUACCCUCACAAGGCUCUGACUACGACUGUUACUCAGUGAAUGGAGAUGCAGAUGGUGACAGCUCUGGGGACUUUGAUCGAUCCUCCACAGUUCCCCGGAGUAGCAGCUUGGCACAGAACUACCGCCGCAUGCUUCAAACUAAGCGGCCAGCCUCUACAGCCGGUCUACCCACUGCCAUGCCUCCAUGUGGAUCAGCACCCCCGCCCCCACAAACAGGCUCAACACCAGGUGUGGCUACCAUACGACGUACUCCUUCCACCAAACCAACAGUCAGACGAACUUUAUCUAAUGCUGGACCCAUUCCAUGUCGGCCCCCUAUUGUGCCAGUAAGAACACCCACUGUGCCCGACUCUCCCGGCGGAGGCCUGGGGGGGCGUUCUCGUGUUGGAAGUGAAGAGUGCGUUUUCUAUCUAGGAGCAGAUGAUGGAAGUCCCCUUGAAUAUGCCAAGUCUUCGCCCAAGCGCCUCAGCCUCCCUAAUGCAGCGUGGGGGGGUGCAGGAGAAAUGUCUGUGUAUGGAGGGGGUGGAGCAGAUGAGGAAGACAUGGGAGGAGGUCUUCUGGCUGCUAAUCGGCACAGUCUGGUGGAGAAGAUCGGGGAGCUUGUAGCAGGAGCGCAUGCCCUGGGGGAUGGGCAGUUCCCUUUCCCUUCAGCUCCAGACAAGAGUCAGAUUCCUGCCCCAACGGGUAGAGGGAGCGUGUCAGAACCCCCAGCAGGUGAUAUGCUUGCAUCCAUACGCAGAGGGGUGCGGUUACGCCGAACCCUUACCAACGACCGAUCUGCUCCCCGGAUAUUGUGAUCUUGAUUCGACAGUUUAUAGGAUUGAGGAUUGGUGCUCCAGGGGAGGGGAUGAAAUAUACUGUGACACAGACAAACCCAGAAGCCAAGGGGUUCUUAACCCUUUCUAUGCAGGUCUGUCCGGGGCUAGAAGGGUUGAGUUUGGUGACUGACCAAAACAUUUUGACCAUUCCAUUUGCCAGUGGGGCCCGUACCAUUCCAUGCACCAGUAGGGACAGUAGAGAUAUCUUCUGAUGAAGUUGCAUGAAAGUAAAUGGAUCGUGAUGGUGGAAGAUGACACACCCACACACACAGGAGCAGCUCAUCUACAUAGUGGUGCACAGUACUGCAAUGAACAUAGUGUCAGAAGACAUCACUGCUACAAUGGACUGUUGUGUAUUGACAUAGGGUAGGUUGCUGUGGAUGUGGACUGGUCUCUAUACCAUACACUAUAGCGGCUUCUUUAUAAGACUCCAGGUAUAUGCUGACUCCACUGGAGGCACACAACUCACGACUUUGUCACCUAUAUUCAUUGCAGCCAUGUGACCCGAGGACUGUGGCACCUAAUGACGGCUUUUCCAACUUGUAGCUUAGUCCCCUCUGGAUUGUGUGAAAAGUUACAAGAAUUUUCUGGUUUUGGCCCAUGUAUCUAAACGUCACACUGGUCGGAGCUGGUAAGGGGCGAUCCAGGACACUGGACACGUGUAGUGUCGGGACAAAACGCCCCUGAGGUCCUCAGGAGCCCCACAGCCUUUCUUCUUGUACAAUUUGUGCCAAGUGAUUGUUUUGGAUGUGACCACCAUAUUUCUGUGGCAGAUUUUCUCUCCCACAGUAGGUGGCGAGUCUCUCUGGCUCAUUAAUGGACUCGGGCUGAAAUAUGCCUCCAUUUGUUGGCCUCGUGGUAGUGGGGAAAUAGCUGACCUCACAGGGAUCCUGCCUUUACUGAUCACAGAGGCCUCUCUUCUAGUGCCAUUCAGAACAAGCCUUGUGCCACCUCUGUGUCCAUGCCAUGUUGGGAGGUGCAUCAGUUCCCCAGUGUCACCUUUGUCCCAAAAACAUACAGGGGCAGUAUGCAGCAGGCACAGGGGGCACCACAGUAAUAAGGCACCACACUAAUGAUCCGUAGGAAAUAGCACUUAGGAUUUAUAGAUUUUACACCAUUAAUUUAUGACACCUUGUAGACUGUAUAAAUUUUACCCUGAAGAUUAUUAGCGGAGUGGGGUGAAGGAAUAUUUCCUUAAAGUGAACUUGUCCCUGUACGCGCAAUGGGCCCAUCAUUUUCUGAAGAGAAGCCUAUAAGGGGGCACUUCCCACCUAAGGACACUAUGUUUGCAGAGUCACGUGAUAGAAGUGUCACCCCAGUAAUGGUGAAGGCCUCUGAAGGGAACACUGCAGGAAACCCUUGGCCUAGAGAUGUGGCCCCUGUAGAGGGCGGUUACUAUAGAGCCGUAUUUUUUCAGAGAAUAAUGAAAAGAUAACUUUAUCUCCCCAAAAGGAAAUGCGGAGAUUUAGAUUUAACAAGACAGAGAUUAUUUUUAGCAGCUGCUGGCAGAGCCAGGGCCACAGAUCAUUAUUGGGAUAUGUAGCUAUGUUCGUGCAUCACCUGCUGGCCAGGUAAAGAACUGCAAUGAGCAAUGUUGAAAAUUGUAGCAGAAACCUAAGUUCCCCCAAAGCAACAGUGAGAUUCAGAUGCCUGCAGAAAGAUUGGGACUGGCAAAUAUUGUGCGGUCACCAAUCUCAGCAGGAUUUGUGUGUUACUUGUAAUGGGUUAGGGUAAAACUUUAAAACUGGUGACAAUUUAAGGCUUCUUUCAGUGUAAUGGCCGUCGGGGGAGCCAGGGGGAAUAGCGGGAGAAAUUUUUUUUUGCUUGCGCCGUCUUUUUCUCUCGCUACAAAAUAACGGUGCCCGAAGGAUCCCAUUGUAAUAAAUGGGAUCCAUCUGGACCUGUUAUUGCCCAUUGUCCCCAUCCCGAUAACGAAAAAAAAAUAAUAAAAGAGUCUAACGGCCAUUUAAGGACAGGGAACAACGGCAGUGGGAAAGUAGCCUAAGGGAGAAUAAAUUGUAUAGUAAUUCCCUUCCGUAAGUAGGAAAAUGUGAAAACUAAGCAAGGAAAGUUUCAGGCCCAAAGCCCGAUUUCUGUUCAGUACAUUGUUGUCAUGGAGAGGUUGCGUGGCUCUGAAUCACCAUCCUUAUCAUUGUCCACAAAAGUAACCAAGCCAGGCAGGAUGUUAACGUGGACAGUGAGUUAGAACAAUCACACAAGGGGGGAGAUUUAUCAAAACCUGUCCAGAGGAAAAGUUGCUGAGUUGCCCAUAGCAACCAAUCAGAUCACUUGUUUCAUUUUUCAGAGGCCUUGUUAAAAAUGAAAGAAGCGAUCUGAUUGGUUGCUAUGGGCAACUCAGCAACUUUUCCUCUGGACAGGUUUUGAUAAAUCUCCCUGAAGGUCUCUAUAUAGUUAUCAAAGUCUGUGUAGUCCAGAAAAAGGCUUUGGGGCUGAAACAUCUUGUUGUGAGUGUAGAGGGAAGGAACUUUUCUAAAAUGAUUAACUUCUGCUGGGUCUACACAUGGUGCAGAAAUGUUUUCGAGGGGCAGGACUCAUUUGUGGGAAUGUCCACUAGGACACCAGCUACAUGAAGGCAGGGCCCCUCUUUAGUGUCAGAGUGUGGUAUUCCGCUAGGUCUUUGAGCAGCAGCAGCUUCUGCAGGUGUUUUUCGUGUGGGUGUAGGCAGGUGUUAGGAGAUAGAGAGAUAAACAGAAAAAGGAAGGAGGAUAAAACAGAAAAAAAGGUAUUGGUGCACUAUUUGGAUAGCUCGGUCUAACUCAACUUUGGUCUUGAACUGUGAGCUAUCCCAUCAAUACUACUUUCAGGUGUUAGGAGAGGUCUGAGGUUUGAUGGUUCAUGUAAGUUCACUGGUUCCUGUCCAUGGUUAUAUGAUGACACAGACCUGUUGGGGAAGAUGGAGGGCAAGGCUGUGCUAUUUGUCCAGCCAGUCUAUCAUAUAUGUGAUGCUUCCUAUAUAUGACCCCAUUAACAGCUGGACUGAUUUGGAGGUAAUGCAAUGACCGGUUUGUGUCAUCCUGCAACAAAUAUCACAGACAAAAGGAUUUUAUUCUAGUCUGCAAGCAACUAGUUUCUAGCCUAUACCCCUUUGAUACUGUUCAGAGAUCUACACUGCCAGUGAGUUGAAUGUUGCAUCAGAUUUAGGCUGCAUUCACACCACGUUUUUUGCAAUACAGUUCCCAUAUAAGUUUUCAAUUUGAAAACUGUAUGGAACCAUAUUGAAACCUGUAUGCAUUGACUCUCCAUUGAAAACCGUAUGCCAAACAAUGCAUCCGGUUGCAUCCGUUUUGUGUCUUGUACGGUUUUGUCCGUUUUUGUCCCAUACCCAAAACCGUAGCCUACCAGAGUUUUUGGUCUGGGUGAAAAACCAUAUUGAAACCGUCUAAAUUUUUUUUGAACAUGGUAGUCAAUGAAAACAGUAGAGAACCGUAUGUGUGUACGGUUCCAUCUGGUUUGCACCAUACAGUUUUUGACUUUGCACAGUUUUUUUUCUUGGAAUUUCAAUCAAACAAGUGAAACUUUAUUCAUAAUGGAGUGAAAAGUUAAAAAGGUAUACAUUUUUUUUCUUAAAAAAAAACGGAUGCAACCAGACAUUUUUCAAACUGUAUACGGUUUUUAACCGUAUGCGGGUUGAAAUUUGUACACAUGUUUUGAUACAGUUUAGUCAGGUUUUGAGGAGUUUUUCAUCAAAAACCAGAUACGGGAACUGUAUUGCAAAAACGUGGUGUGAAUGCACCCAUACAGUAACUGAUCUCCAAGCAGAGAUCAGUGGAUCACAGACUUUACCACCGAGAUCUUUUAUUUAAGACAUACCAGGAGAUUGGAAUUCCUCUUUAAAAAUCACCGCUGUCAGACCACCUUGCCUCAUAUUUGAAAUGUGCAUAGAGUGGUCCUGUGUCUUAUCAAUAACACUAUAAGCCCUAUUGUAUUCAAUGAGGGUUGCAGGAACCCACAACCAAGUGAAUCGGAGGUUUGCCAAUGAGGACAACCCUGCAAGUGAACACAGGUCUGAAGAGAAGAAUGUUCAGAGAUGAAAAGAGGAAAGGCAAGUGAUGUGGAAGGCGCAGCAGUAAGAAUAGCUACCAGGGAACAAAGAGUGCACAUGUUGUGGGCCUAAAGACCUCGCUGCUCCUCGGCUCAGUAAAGGAGGAGAUAAAUCUUAUGAGAAAUUAGAUAUUUUCUUAAAAGAAACCCACCAAUUUUUCAUUAUGUUGCAAAUGUAAAACCACUGUCUGUUUCUUCUAUAUUCAGAUCCAAGCACCAGAAGUAAGAAUAGUGCACUCUUCGGCCCCUUUCACACUAUACUGUACAUUCAUCCAUUUUUAAAGAUCUGUUAUAUGUUCCGUUAUGAAA